AUGGAUCAGCAACAGUUGAUCGUCGGCUUCCACUCGGUGCAUACACAGCUCCCAAUCCUUUCGAGAACCAAAAAAAACUUAUCAAAAACCAUUCUCAAAAUGAACUCCUUGACCAUCUUUACUAUUUUGGCCGCCUCAUUGGCCUUCUGUGCCGGCGAUGUGUCCCACUUGUCGCGCAGCUAUCUGCCACCCUUGAGCGGUGGUUAUUCCGGCGGCUACUCCUCCGGCUACUCCUCCUAUCCGUCGUACUCCAGCGGAUCCGGAUAUUACUCGGGCAGCGGCAGCUACGCCUCCCCGAUCCUCUCCUCCGGCUACAAGAGCUACGCGGUGCCGCAGUACACCACCUAUAAUACACCAUCUCGCACCUAUUUGCCCGCGGACACGGGCUACUCCGGCUACUCCGGAUACUCCGGCUACUCCGGCUACAAUGGCCUGGACACCAAGUACGGCAGCAACGGCGGCUACGUCUACUAGGCAUCCCAUCCCUGGAGGACCAGCAGCAAUGGAGCAAGCGGACAACUAUAUUCCUGUAUCAUAUUUUUUUUUUGCCUUGGCUAAGCAAUUUUUUUGUGCAAUUUAUGGCUAUUAAUAUUUUCUAUUGCUUUAUAGUAUAAAGUUUACACUGACUAACAUA